AUGGCUAGGAAGUCCCUGUGGUUCCCCUCUCCUUGUGGUGGUCCCUGUGCUCACCUCUCCUGUGGUCCCUGUGCUCCCCUCUCCUGUGGUCCCUGUGCUCACCUCUCCUGUAGUCCCUGUGUUCCCCUCUCCUUGUGGUGGUCCCUGUGCUCACCUCUCCUCUGGUCCCUGUGCUCCCCUCUCCUGUGGUCGCUGUGCUCACCUCUCCUUGUGGUGGUCCCUGUGCUCCCCUCUCCUUGUGGUGGUCCGUCCCUGUGCUCCCCUCUCCUGUGGUCCCUGUGCUCCCCUCUCCUUGUGGUGGUCCCUGUGCUCCCCUCUCUUGUGGUCCCUGUGCUCCCCUCUCCUGUGGUCCCUGUGCUCCCCUCUCCUGUGGUCCCUGUGCUCCCCUCUCCUGUGGUCCCUGUGCUCACCUCUCCUUGUGGUGGUCCCUGUGCUCCCCUCUCCUGUGGUCCCUGUGCUCCCCUCUCCUUGUGGUGGUCCCUGUGCUCCCCUCUCCUGUGGUGGUCCCUGUGCUCCCCUCUCCUGUGGUCCCUGUGCUCCCCUCUCCUGUGGUCCCUGUGCUCCCCUCUCCUGGUGGUCCCUGUGCUAACCUCUCCUGUGGUCCCUGUGCUCCCCUCUCCUCUGGUCCCUGUGCUCCCCUCUCCUGUGGUCCCUGUGCUCCCCUCUCCUUGUGGUGGUCCCUGUGCUCCCCUCUCCUUGUGGUGGUCCCUGUGCUCCCCUCUCCUGUGGUCCCUGUGCUCCCCUCUCCUGUGGUCCCUGUGCUAA